UAAUUAUUUGGUCUGUAUAUAUCCUAUUCCCCAGUGCGGCCAGAUCGUGGGUAAAAGGUACCUCUGCCCAGCAUUACGCACCGUGCUAUUUCGUCUAGAGAAAGGGAACUUUUUAUCCACGAUCUGGUUGAACUGCAAUUUUCAUUGGUAGAUGGGAAAGUAAAGACGAAAAAUGAAACUCAUUCUGAGCUGUCAUGUAGACAUAUUCGCGAAUUCGUGGAUAGACAUAAUUAUUGGAGGUUGAAAUUGGCGAAGGGUGAAAUACCUAAUCAACCGGCGGCAUCGGAAAUGAAGUAUAUUAUUUGGGACGAGGAGUUGGCAGCAAAAGCAGCUGAAUGGGCCUCCAAUAAUCAAUAUACCCAUAACCCGGAUAAAACUGUCGGUUCAUAUCGCUUUACUACCGGUGAAAAUAUAUUCUGGCCAGAAUCCACGGAUCAGUCAUACAAAUUUGAACCGAGAAGUGCAGUGGAUUCCUGGUUCAGUGAACACAAAGACUUCAACUAUGGACCUGUGCAAUCUUGGCAAUUUCUGCCUUUUGCUAAGAAGAUUGGUCAUUACACACAGGUGGCAUGGUCCGACUCAAUUUAUUUAGGCUGUGGGGUCUCUAAAGCAUAUAGAAAUGGAUGGGUUUCUUACACCGUUGUAUGCAACUAUGGACCGACUGGAAAUAACUUUGGUUGGACCCCCUAUCCCGCCGGAAGGCCGAGUGGCCAGCUCGUAUGUGCCAACGAUUGCAGUAGAUUCUACGGGGACAAGUGUAGCAAUCUAUUUUAAUUUAAUUUAUGCUAUUGGUUUCAAUUAUACUUAUUCCUAAUUCUA